AUGUCAAGAAAUCUCAAUAACAAUUCAGUUAACAAUGCUUUUGGUGAAGAACCUUCUGUGGGAAGCCCACCAAGAAAUACCAAUGAUAUAAGGAUGAUAAUGUUGCAACACUCACAGGGAACAAAACUUGAUACCAUGAAUGAUGUCUUAAACACUGUUUUGAAGAACACAUCUUCUGAGAAAGCCGAAGCCACUGCUAGUAAUGCAGUUGAGCAAGACAUGUCGCCUGGACGUCAACCAACAUUGGAUCAAUUGUUGCGCGAUUAUUUGAGUGAAGAGAAAUUGUAUGACCAAUACAAUACCAAUGAAAAUAAAAACAGUGAGGGAAACAGACUCGUUCUGAAGUCUGUUACCAAUUACCUUUGUCAUCAAGAAGAGGGGAAAAAGGUGGACUUGCCAACUCUUCGAACUAAGAUUGUGUGGCACAUUGGCAACAGAAAGUUGCAAGAAAAAAAAACAGGAGAAAAGAAGCAGGAAGAGAAUCGACGGGCCUGUCUUCGUCAGCAACGUGUAAAGUUGUGUGAAAGAAAACAAUCUGCCUUGAAAGCCAAUCGGGCACACUUUGUGAACAGCUUUGGAGAGAAUGUUGACAGUAUUCUUCAUGCUGAUUACAUGUCAGACCUUGAGAGUGAUGACAAAAGAGAAGAAGAGGAACAGGAUUCGUCCUCAGAAAAGAGUUUUUUUUUGGAGAUUCCGCCCAAGCUGGAGAAGCGAAGAGGUAUAGGAGAUAGGUUCGUUGAUGAACUUGAUGCAGAUUAUGAGGCAGCUCAUGAUAAGAAAAAUAAUACCCGUCCAUUCGAGCAUAAAUUUAAAGGAAUAAGAGAUAAGCAGCUUAGCAAGACCAAGGCAAACAAGCUGCCAUCAUGGUCAAAUAAACAAUAA